AAUAGUUAGGCGUCAAAAACUAGUAAAAACGAUGCUCUGAGUACGACAAUCUGGCAAAGUUGCUCCCGUCCGCUGAACCCAGACCAAGACAAAAAGUGUUAUUUACCGGUGCCUGUUGUGUUGUGAUGCACUCUUAGCACGUGCCUCUCAAAGUCAUGUGCGGGUUAAGAACUUAAGACGCUCGGGAGCUGAAGAAGAGUGAUGCGGGAGGAAGGAGGAAGCAGGAAUUCGGUACUCCAGCCACUGCCGGUGUUGUAGGAAUCAGCUUGCAGAGAGGGUCAACUUGCUUACCUUCUUCGAUGGUUUUGAGUGACUUGUAAGACUUAAAAUAUGUACUAUAGCAGAAAUGUAUAAGAAAGCAGAAUGAAGAUACGAUCUCUGGACACUGCUCCUGAAGUGUUAAAUUUUGAAAAUAACAGAAAAUAGUUGUUAUCUACAACCAUGGCUUCGUUUAGUGUCCUUGGAAGGUUCAGGAGCAGGUUGUACACACUUAGUGACUUGUGUUCCUCGCACCAUGUCACUCAACUGUCUCGGCGAAGUUUAUUACUGUCGUGUCCAACUUACAAAAACAAUGACUCAGAGAACCAGAACUCGGAAAAAGACAAUUCAUACAAGUUCCGAAACUAUAAAGGUUUAAAUCCUCUGCAGAAAGCAUUUAGAAUAUUAACUGAUGAUGUGAGAGACUCUUAUAGGAGGAAAAGGGACAUUAUUCAGCAAAUAGCAAGAGAAGCAAAACAAGAUACAGACAUGAAAGCAGGCAUAUCAGAAAAGACAAAGACCAUAAAAGAGAAUAAAAAUGACUCUGAAUCCAGUACCUCAGUGCCGGUGGAGGCUAUAUGGCCAUCCCAGUGUGAUGUGCUAGUAGUGGGAGGUGGUGCUGUGGGCUCUUCUGUUGCCUACCACCUCAAGGAGCACGGCCGGGAUGGACUCAGUGUUGUAGUGGUGGAGGAGGACCCAAGUUACCAGUGUACCUCUACAGCGCUGUCAGUGGGGGGCGCUCAUCACCAGUUCGGUGUACCAGAGAACGUUUUGCUGUCCAUGUACGGGAUGGAUUUCUUACGUAGAAGUCAUGAGCUAUUGGCAGUGGAGGGUCUAGACACCCCCGACAUGCAGUUUAACCCCUGUGGCUACCUUACACUUGCCUCAGAGGAAGGAUAUGCACAGCUGAGGGAAAACUAUGAACUACAAAAGGAUGUGGGAGCCAAGGUGUCCUUCCUCUCCAGCAAGGAGAUCUCUGACAGGUACCCGUGGCUGGAUAUGUCUGGCGUGGCUGCUGGAGUCCUCGGCAGAGAAAAUGAAGGAUGGUUUGACCCGUGGAGUUUAUUGGUUGGUCUACAGCGGAAGGCUGUUGCCCUGGGCACCCAGUUCAUCAAAGGGAAGGUGACGGGGCUUUCCCAUGAAACUUUGGAUGACAUGAUCCUGGAAGGCACCUCACAAUCCAAGAUCAAGCGUAUCCGGACUGCUGAGGUAACACUGGAUAACGGGGAGAAGCACACCAUCGACUUUGCCCUACUGGUGGUGGCAGCCGGUGCGGGGACAGCAGACAUUGGACGCCUGGUUGGCAUAGGGGAGGGAGCGGGCCUGCUUGGGGUGCCCAUUCCUAUUGAAGCAAGGAAGCGCUAUGUUUAUUGUGUCCAUGGCCCAGAUGGUCCAGGAUUAAAUUCUCCGCUAGUAGUUGACCCCAAUGGCAUGUACCUCCGGCGUGAUGGCCUCGCGGGACUGUACCUGUGUGGACAGUCACCACCUGAAGACAGGGAGCCACCAGUGGACAACCUUGAUGUGGACUAUACUUUCUUUGAAGAGGAAGUACACCCAGCCAUUGCCAAGCGGGUGCCUACAUUAAAGAAUUUGAAGCUGCGCAGUGCUUGGGCUGGCAACUAUGGGUACAACACUUUUGAUCAGAAUGGCAUCCUCGGCCUCCAUCCUCUCAUGUCCAACAUGUUCAUCGUUGGUGGCUUCAGUGGCCAUGGACCUGCAGGACUGCCACAGCAACCUCCAGGCAUUCAUCAGGCACCAGGAUUGGGCAGAGCCAUCAUGGAGUGCAUCAUUUAUGGGGAGUACCGAACCAUCAACCUGGAACGCUUAGGCUUUGAGAGAGUUUUGGCUCGGGCACCCCUUCUGGAGGCCAGUGUUGUUUAGUUUCACUCUUGAGCAGGGUUCUUCACAGUACAGGUUAUGAGCAGUAGGGGGCUGCAGAGUUUUGCUCACUGGGUUGCCACUCCCCACACCACUCCCAACAGACUGAUUAAUUAAUACAAGUACCUCUUGCAUUGUGACUAAAUUAUUAUAUAUUUUGGAAGAAAGCUAUGAAGCAGAUUCAAUUUAUAUCCUAUUGAACUUUUUCUUUCAUAAAUGAGAACCAAACCCUCUGUAUUCUUAUGAGGAAUGUUUGAAUUAUGCAAAAUUCAUUGUAUGGGGCCUCUUCAAGAAUGUAAUCUAUAUGUAAAUUGAGUUUCCAGUACUUGUAAGGGAGCCACACUCAAACUGCAGAGCUGUCAAGUUUUAUAACAGGGUCAUGAGGUUAAAACCUAACCUAAGUCACAUCAAGAAAAGUUUGAAGACCAUUGUUUUUUAUCCAUGCAAAGUGUGCCUACUGCAGCAUUCAUUGUCAAAUCUCUCAAUAAUUUAGAUGACUUGAUACUGUAAAAUAUGGUGGUGAUGUGCUUGUACAGCUUAUAUAUACUGUAUAUAUAUAUAUA